AUGUCCGCCCCCAACUCCGGCCGCCAGUCCCCCCCUCCCGAGAGCCAGACCGGCGCUCAGCAGCAAUCUCCUCCCUCCCAGGGCCAGACCGGCCAGACCUACUCGACCCGCACCGGUCAAGCUUCCCAGGAGCAGUCCGAGAACACCAAGUCGUCGUUGCAGAGCAACCCCAAGCAUCCCUUGGAGGAUGAUUCGGCGAAUGUCUUUGAUAUGAAGUACAAACUACGGGGCGAUAUGACGACUUUCUACGACUAG